AACACGAAACGGCCUUUGAGCUGCUUCUGGUCUAUAAAACCAAACGAUGUCGCUCCGGUUUAUGCCUCAGUUUAUAGUUUAUUUCCCCGAUGAGGUCUGCGACUGAAAUUACUCUCGAGAUCGACUCGUCACCGGCUAACGUUAGAGCCGGUUACCAGGAAGACGGUCCAGUUAGUGCGCCGCCGGCAGCGCCACGGAUGCUGAUCAGGAGAUUCCACGCCGGUUAUUUCCGGAUCGGAAUGUCUCUGGGCGGCCAAGUUUUGUUAUGGAAGACGGUGGCCGGGGCCGGAGGAAGGGGGGGCCAUGAAACGCCGGUACUUGUUCUGUGGUGUGUGGCGUUCUUGGUUAUUCUUGUCCUUUCUUUGGUUUACCUGUUGAGAUGUUUGUUGGACUUUAGGAUGGUUGAGUACGAAUUUUUGCACCACGUUGGGGUUAACUAUCUGUUCGCGCCCUCCAUUUCGUGGCUUCUUUUGCUUCAAUCGGCUCCCUUUUUGGCCCCCUUAGCUCCUCCCUACAAGAUUCUGUGGUCGCUUUUUGCCAUCCCGGUCCUGCUGCUGGAUGUCAAAAUCUAUGGCCAGUGGUUCACCAAAGGAAGAAGGUUUCUGUUCUGUGUUGCGAAUCCGACGAGCCAGCUGUCGGUGAUCGGAAACUUGGUGGGGGCUCAGGCGGCGGGCCGCAUGGGGUGGAAGGAGAGCGGGAUGUGCUUGUUCUCGCUGGGGAUGGUUCAUUAUUUGGUGCUGUUUGUGACGCUUUAUCAGCGUUCCUCCGGCGCCGAUCGGCUGCCGUCGAUGCUCCGGCCGGUGUUCUUUCUGUACAUAGCGGCGCCGAGCGUGGCGAGUUUGGCGUGGGAAUCCAUAACGGGGGCUUUUGAUGCCGCUUCCAAGAUGCUCUUUUUUCUCUCCCUUUUUUUAUUCACGGCGCUGGUACAAGUGUUCAAAUUCUCAUCAAUGAAAAGAUUCAACAUAGCCUGGUGGGCCUUCUCCUUCCCACUCUCUGCGCUUGCUCUCGCCUCCAUUGAAUAUCACCAUCAAGUCAGAGCUCUCCCUGCAAAAAUUCUAAUGUUUCUUCUUCUCGGCCUCUCAGUUUUCGUCAUCGUCUCCCUCGUCGCCGCCACUUUGCUCAACUCCGACAUGCUCUUACGGGACGACGACCCUCUUUUGAAUGGUGGAGUUGAACCUCACCGCCGAGACACAUGAGUUUAGUGACCACCAUUUAUCAAUUUAAGCUUUUAAGUUGAGUAUUUAAUUUAGCGUAGUAUCAAAGUACGAGAUCUCGUUGCGAAGUUGAAUAAUAUAUUAGUUCGUGUGUUUAUUUAGUUUGUAGUAGUCUAGUUGUUAAUUAGUAUGAUUAAUUUGUUUGUUAGUAUUUCUUAGAAUUAAUCAGCUGCUUUAGUCAAUCUGAACAUAACUCAAUUGGUAGGUAUCUCGAUCAAAAGAUCAUAGGAAUUUGUAAUAAUAAUUAGUUUGGACAAUACUUUUCUAUUAAGACCAGGUUAUUAGGGUUGCAA